GAGGAGGAGUCUGUUCAGCAAGCCCUGCCUGUUGGCAUAGCUGUUUUUGACAACACACACACACACACAGAAGGGAAGACGUUAAUCCUCUGCCUGGUGGGUGAGGGCUUGGAAAAAGUUACCUUUCUGAACUACAACUCCGAGUAGCCAUGCUGGCUGAGGGAUGCUGGGAGUAAUGGUCUGAAAGGUAAUGCUUCCAGGCUACCAUCCGUCCAAGAGACAAACUGCAACGGCGGUAGCAUGGUAAUCCAUUCCAAGGCUUUGCUUCGAGCCUGGGGCGGCGUAUUGCCCGGAAGUCUUCCUCUCUACUAGAAAAAUGCCAACCCAUCGGCUUGUGAUUGUGAGGCAUGGGGAGAGCACCUGGAACCAGGAGAACCGAUUCUGUGGCUGGUUUGAUGCUGAGCUGAGCGAGAAAGGGACGGAGGAAGCCAAGCGCGGAGCUCAAGCUGUCAAGGAUGCCGGCUAUGAGUUUGACAUCUGCUACACAUCCGUGCUGAAAAGGGCCAUCCGCACACUGUGGCACAUCAUGGAUGGCAUCGACCAGAUGUGGCUGCCCGUGGUGCGCACCUGGCGCCUCAACGAGCGCCACUACGGGGGCCUGACCGGACUCAACAAGGCCGAGACGGCAGCCAAGCAUGGGGAAGAGCAGGUCAAGAUCUGGAGGCGUUCCUAUGACAUCCCACCGCCCCCCAUGGAUGAAAACCACCCUUACUAUCAAAUCAUCAGCAAGGCCCGGCGUUACGCUGCUUUGAAAUCUGGAGAACUGCCUUCUUGUGAGAGCCUCAAGGAUACCAUUGCCCGCGCCUUGCCCUUCUGGAAUGAUGAGAUUGCUCCUCAGAUCAAAGCUGGCAAGAGAGUACUCAUUGCUGCCCAUGGCAAUAGCCUUCGAGGGAUAGUCAAGCACUUGGAAGGGAUGUCUGAUGCAGCCAUCAUGGAACUCAACCUCCCGACUGGGAUUCCCAUUGUGUAUGAAUUGGAUGACAACCUGAAACCUACAAAGCCUAUGCAGUUCCUGGGUGAUGAAGAGACUGUGAGGAAGGCCAUGGAAGCUGUGGCAGCCCAGGGCAAGGUCAAGAAGUGAGAAGACAAGGCAUUGGUGAAAUAAAACAUCUGAAAAACUGA